UCGAACCACACAAGUAAAAAAGGUUGGCUACCCAGUGACGGAGCCGAAGCCUAAAACUCGUGGAAAUGCGAUCACUACUCUCGCCGGCGGCGAGCUCCGGCGUAUCCGCGGCGGCGAUGCGGCCGGUUUCAUCGCACGUACUCCGCUGCAAAUGCCCCUUUUCUCGCCUCCCGUUCUCGUAUAAUCCGCUCGCUUCUGCUCCGAAUCCGCUCAAGUGCAGCUCCGCUGCUUUCUCCUUUUCUUCCCGAUCGCCGCCAUCUCCGCCGUUCUAUGGGUUCCAAAUCCGAGGCCUGAAACCUAAUUUCGUGGCGGCGUCUUCAUCUCCGGUGUCUCCUGCUUCCCCUGCCGCCGCUGAUACUGAGGUCGACAAGGCAAAGCUCGCUCAGGUUACAAAGAGAUUGGAGAAGACAUCAAGGUACUUCAAGAGGCUGGGGAGUUUCGGUUUCUGGGGGCAGAUAGUGUGCACCGUCGUGGCGGCCGUGAUUCUAUCCUUCUCCGUCGUCGUCACGGGAAAACCCACUUCCCCCGCUACCUUCUACGCUACCGCCGGUGGGAUCGCAGCUGCAUUUGUCUCGGUGUUUUGGUCCUUUGGGUAUAUCCGGCUCUCGGAGAGGCUCCGUAAAACUGCCACGGACCCUUCCAAGGCGCCGCCACGAGCUGAGGUGGUGAGAGGAUUGAAAAGCGGGAUAGUGGUGAAUCUAAUGGGGAUGGGUGCGGCGAUCCUGGGGAUGCAAGCCACCGUCGGAUUCUUAGUUGCGAAAGCCCUAACAACCUCUGCCACCCCUUUCUAUCAGGGAGUCUCCCCCGGCUACAGCCCCGUUCUCGCUCUUGAUGUCUUCCUCGUCCAGGCAUCAGCCAAUACCAUACUGUCUCAUUUCCUCGGCCUCGUCUGCUCGUUGGAGCUGUUGCGUUCGGUAACUCUUCCGGCUUCCGAACCUGCUGCCGCCAUUCCCAAGAUUGCAUAAGUUUCACCCUUUUCUUUUUGUUUUUUGGUUUGUUAAUCAUCACCUUCAUGUAUUCAUAAAUCACCAAACGAACAAUGACAAGGAUGUUCCUUCGUUUUCUCGGCUGCAGUCAGCUGUGGACUUGAAUGAUAAAAUGUUUAUGGACUU